GCGGCGUAACUGGUGAUUGGUGGAGAAAGCGGCAGCUAUCCCUGCGGACGCGAGGAAGGGAGGGGACCCGGGAGCCUAGACGAGUCCGAGCGCGUCACCGCCUCAAGCUGCAGUAGUCGCCCGGGUCCCGCCGGCCAGCUCCGUGUUGCCCCGCACUGCUGCGGCCGCCACGGCACCAUGGCUGUGUUUAUCAUGCUCCUGGCGUUGGUGGCGGGUGUUUUGGGGAAUGAGUUUAGUAUAUUAAGAUCACCAGGGUCUGUUGUUUUCCGAAAUGGAAAUUGGCCUAUACCAGGAGAGCGGAUCCCAGAUGUGGCUGCAUUGACCAUGGGCUUCUCUGUGAAAGAUGACCUUUCUUGGCCAGGACUCGCAGUAGGUAACCUGUUUCAUCGUCCUCGAGCUACCAUCAUGGUGAUGGUGAAGGGAGUGGACAAACUGGCUCUACCCCCAGGCAAUGUCAUUUCGUACCCUUUGGAGAAUGCAGUUCCUUUUAGUCUUGACAGUGUUGCAAAUUCCAUUCACGCCUUAUUUUCUGAGGAAACUCCUGUUGUUUUGCAGUUGGCUCCCAGUGAGGAAAGAGUGUAUAUGGUAGGGAAGGCAAACUCAGUGUUUGAAGACCUUUCAGUCACCUUACGCCAGCUCCGUAACCGCCUGUUUCAAGAAAACUCUGUUCUCAGUUCACUCCCCCUCAAUUCUCUGAGUAGGAACAAUGAGGUUGACCUGCUCUUUCUUUCUGAACUGCAAGUGCUACAUGAUAUUUCAAGCUUGCUGUCUCGUCAUAAGCAUCUUGCCAAGGAUCAUUCUCCUGACCUAUAUUCACUGGAGCUGGCAGGUUUGGAUGAAAUUGGGAAGCGUUAUGGGGAAGACUCUGAACAAUUCAGAGAUGCUUCUAAGAUCCUUGUUGAUGCUCUGCAAAAGUUUGCAGAUGACAUGUACAAUCUUUAUGGUGGGAAUGCAGUGGUAGAGUUAGUCACUGUCAAGUCAUUUGACACUUCCCUCAUUCGGAAGACAAGGACUACCCUUGAGGCAAAACAAGCGAAGAACCCAGAAAGCCCCUAUAACCUAGCAUAUAAGUAUAAUUUUGAAUAUUCUGUGGUUUUCAACAUGGUACUUUGGAUAAUGAUCGGCUUGGCCUUGGCUGUGAUUAUCACCUCUUACAAUAUUUGGAACAUGGAUCCUGGAUAUGACAGCAUCAUUUAUAGGAUGACAAACCAGAAGAUUCGAAUGGAUUGAACAUUCCUUGUGCCAGAGUUAGAAAAGGGGGCUGGAAAUUGGCUGUUUUGUUAAAAUAUAUCUUUUAGUGUGCUUUAAAGUAGACAGUAUACUUUAAAUUUAUUUUUAAAAGAUCAAAUUUUGUUCUCUAUUUUGUGUGUGCCUGUGAUGUUUUUCUAGAGUGAAUUAUAGUAUUGACGUGAAUCAAACUGUGUGGUGUAGAUUCCGUAAUAUUCUUGAAUAUUAUAAUAUAGCCAUUUAACCUGAUUUCAUUCUAUUUAAUGAAUUUGGAAAUAUGCACUGAAAGAAAUGUAAAACAUUUAGAGUAGUUCAUGUUAUUUAUGAUGGAAAAUAAUGCACUGAACUUAUUAGACCAACUUAGGAAUGCUUAAGUUCUUUACACAGCAUAGGAGAAAAUCAUAUUUGGGAGAUUGAUUUGUAAAUGUCUUAAUUUGAUGUAAAUAACUCUGAAACAAGAGAAAAGGUUUUUAACUUAGAGUAGCCCUAAAAUAUGGAUGUGCUUAUACAAUCACUUAGUUUUGGAACUGUAUCUGAGUGACAGAAGACAGCUGUUUUUUAACCCUUUUCUGCAAGUUUGUUGACCCACAUGGUCUAGUAUGGAUACUAAAAAUGCUACAUUGAUCUAAGAAGAAACUAGCCUGUGGAGUAUAUAGAUGCUUUUAAUUCUACACACAAAAAUCCCCGAGGGACAUUUUGAGGCAUGAAUAUAGAAUAUUUUUAUUUCAGUAACUUUUCCCCCUGUGUAAGUUACUAUGGUUUGUGGUACAACUUCAUUCCAUAGAAUAUUAAGUGGAAGUGGGUGAAUUCUGCUUUUUAUGUUGGAGUGGACCAAUGUCUAUAAAGAGUGACAAAUAAAGUUGAUAAUGAUUCCAAA